CAGGCUUUCAGUGUCGUCACGCAUUUCAGUAACGGCGUGGGUAUAGCCGUGGGCUUACGUAGUCUGAUGUUCACUGAACUGUGUUGCAGAGCAAGAACAAACGGUGAAGUGACUGUGUUCCCGUGUCGACAGCUCUCGAGACACUCAGCACUGACAACAUGAUCAAACUUUUGACCAGUGGUCGUAGUGAAAUCUCAGCACGACUGUCCAACUGUGGACAUUUUUCGGUCAAAUUCAGCCAGAUAGUAGGUCCAGCAUGUCAGAAACUGUCACCUGACUACUCAAGCACAAACAUCCCAGACAUGCCGCCGUGCAGCUUCAAACCAGAGGAAUACAAGGGUAUGUCGAAAGAGAGAAUGCUGCAGAUCCGCAGACAGUACUGCAACCCCAUGAUAAUGAAAGGAACCUCCUACAAAAACCCUGUGUUCGUUAACCAGGGCUACAUGCAGUGGCUGUGGGAUGUUGAUGGGAAGAGAUACCUGGACUUGUUUGCGGGCGUGGCAACUGUCAGUGUGGGUCACUGCCAUCCGAAAGUAACAGCAGCUGCACAGGAGCAGUUGAAGAGACUGUGGCACACUACCAUUAUCUACGUCUACCCUGCUAUCCAUGAAUACUGCGAGAAACUAGCUGCCCACAUGCCAGACCCCCUAAAGAUGGUAUAUCUGACAAACAGUGGCUCCGAAGCCAAUGACUUGGCUAUGUUGAUGGCUCGAUUUCACACCGGCAACCACGACAUCAUCACUUUAAGGGGAUCAUACCACGGUGGCAGUCCUCAGACCAUGGGACUUACAUCUUAUGCAUCUUAUAAAUUCCCUGUCGCUAGCAAUUCGGGCUGCUCAAAUACCAUGUGUCCUGAUGUGUUCAGAGGUCUGUGGGGAGGAAGCCACUGCAGAGACUCUCCCGUUCAGACCACCCGAGACUGUGGCUGUGGCCAAGGUCACUGCAUGGCAAAGGAACAGUACAUUGGUCAACUCAAGGAAACGUUGGCUACAAGUGUCCCUGGUCGGAUUGCUGCUUUCUUUGCGGAGCCCAUUCAGGGAGUGGGAGGAGCGGUGCAGUAUCCUAAAACCUACCUGAAGGAGGCUUACGAACUUGUCAGAGAGAGAGGAGGCGUCUGCAUAGCUGAUGAGGUGCAGACUGGAUUUGGACGAACAGGAAGUCACUUCUGGGGUUUCCAAGGACACGAUGUUCUACCUGAUAUCGUUACAAUGGCCAAAGGCAUAGGCAACGGUUUUCCAAUGGGAGCUGUUGUUACCACACCAGAAGUCGCUGCUUCAUUUGCCAAGUGCCUGCACUUCAAUACAUUUGGAGGAAACCCCAUGGCUUGUACCGUUGCUUCAGCAGUACUUGAUGUAAGAAUUCCAUCCCUGUUGUCGUGGUAUAUUCUUUAUGGGUGCGGGGGGGUACAGAAAGUAUCUAUACUUUCACUCAAGUAUGUACUUUGUCUCAGCAAUAAUACUGCGAUGAACUUCAAACCAAAUAUCCUGCAGGUCAGCAGAGACCCACUCCCAACCGAGGACAUGCUUGAAAUCUUUGAGGAAGUAAAGGACAUGGGCGUCCUGAUAGGAAAAGGAGGACUCUAUGGACAGACGUUUCGCAUCAAGCCCCCCAUGUGCAUUACCAAGGAGGAUGCAGAUUUCUUCCUGGCAGUUUUUAAUAAAUGCAUCCACAGCUACAUGGAGAGAAGAUGAAUGAAGACGGCCUCCGGUAUAUCUUGUAUAUCUGCAGACAUAAUAUAUGCCAAAACCCAUUAUGAAAAGAUAAUAGUCGAAGAUGGUUUUGUGCAUUAUGGCUGUGAUUUUUUAAUGUGUGAAGAUUGGGGUACAGGCUCUGUUUUUAUAAACAUCAUGUACAUAAUUUUAACCUCCUCUACAAGUGUUUGUGUGUGUGUGUGUGUGUGUGUGGAAUUUUACAAUGCAUAAUUAUUGUGGCAGUGGUGGCUUAAUGGUUAAUAAAGCGGACUUUGGUUCAGAA